ACAGGUAAGGUGUUAGUGUUCUCACUAUCAGAUCUAAGGCGUCAGACCUUCCACACUAUUUAAAGUGUUGCAACUGGAGUUAACACGGAAUACUGAUCUGUUUGACACUUGACUGGAUAAAUGCUUAAGAAAACGCAAGGCUCGGCCGACGUGGACGCGUCGCGCAUUCUUGUGAAGGGGCCCGAGUUCUUGAGGAGACAGUUGGAGCGGGAGAGCGAGGCCAAUAAAGGACGCGCCAGUGCCGUGGAGAGGUUGGCGGCCACUAAACCUCAAUAUGUAAAAAGCCAACAUGUGGUCGGUUCCUCUCAAGAGCCCGUCAUUAGCGUCGGGUCUGCCUCCGUGAGCAGUCAAGGGUCCUCAAAAGGAUACAGUUUCAUUAAGAAAGCCAUUAGUGUUGAUGUUGAGGAUGAUAAACUGCCGCAUCAAGAAGAUCCAAAUGUAGUGAGACGGACCAGCUCGAAAAAACGACCUGACUCGAUUUUAUUAUACAGACAGAAGUGCGAACUCACGAGAGGGUCGCCUGUCGGAAGCAGGAAAUUGAUUAAAAGGGUGUUAUUCUCCUCAAAAGACAAGACAAACGCGUUUUCUGAGGCGCAGGGUGGCAAAUUCGAUUCUAAGGUAAAUGAUAAAGACAGCGCGCUUGGCGCCACACGUAAAGAUUGCGUAAAAGAGACCUCUCGGGUCAUUUUACCUGUCUCAAAUGGGUCAGCAAAGUUUUACCAGCCAGGUGAGACAGAAGAUGUGACGACGAUAACACCUCAACCCAAAAGAGUCGAUGAAACGCGGGAGCAUGAGAGUAAGAGUCGUAGGGGAGUUGCGCGCUCGAGCUCUGACAUCAGUUCGCGCUACUCGAAAAACUUUGCGAACUUCGAGGCGUUCUUCAAAUACUGCGGCCUCGAUGGUGAUGUCAUAGACUCCCUGGGCAAAGAGAACUUCUGCGCGCGCUCAGACGACCUCAGCUUGAAAAUUCGAAGCGUCAGCGUUUCGACGUCAGAUGAUGGAUUAUCGAGGAGCAGCGGCGGUAGCUACGGCCUUCUGGAGGAAGAACUGCAGGAGGUGGUCCGUCAAGGGUCGUCAGUUGUUGAGCGCAACGCUCGGAUUAUCAAGUGGCUUUACACCUGCAGAAAUGCAGCGGAGUCAGGAAAGACUCUUCGAGAUCUGGAUUAACUUGUCUUGAGUCGUUUUAAAAGUGUUGUAAGCGAUUUGUCACGCACAAAAAGCUCCAUAGGCCUACUACCUGAUAUAUAUCAUUAAAAUAGUUGUCCUGAGACCUCAACUUUCUCAGAAAAAAAAAAAAAAGUGAGGUAUUCGUCCAGCACAUUUUUAGCCAAUCAGAAACGCUCUUUGUUAAUAAAUCAGUUUGCAGGUUUAGGAUUUCUAACAUCCUGAGUAUGGCAAGCCAAAUUGAGUUUGAAUGAUUUGCAGGAUAUAUACAUUGUUAAUAUCAACAAUUGCAUUUUCACUAGUGAGAUGUCCUUACCCACAUGAAUAGACGUUCUUGAUAUCAACAAUUGAAUUUCAUCUAGUAAAAAAAUUUAAUUCUUAAUUUCUGUAACUGUAUUUUCACUACUAGUAUUUCACAAUGAUCUGUCAUCCACUUCUAUUCAAAACGCAAUUACGGUUAUGCAAAACUAAUUUCUUACUAUUUGAAAUUUCACAUAAAAGCAAUGCACUUCUUACAAGUAAGGUGAACAUUUUUUAUAUCAAUAAUUACAUUGUUAGCAGCUCAAAUGUCCAUUCCUGAUAUCAACUGAAUUGCAACUAUUAAAAAUAAAAAAAUGUAUCAGUUAUUUGUUUUUCACUAGUGGUAAUGUUAAUUUGUGGUAUCUGUAAUGUGAUUUUAACUAGUAAAAAAAAAAAAAAAAAACUUUUUAGACAUCUUUAAUUGCUCUCCGAUAUAUUUAUAUCAAAAUUCAUUUCCAGAUAUCUAACGUGUUUAAAGACAUUUGAGAUAAAAAUAAGCUUUGUCACUGGCUGUAAUUCGUUUUUUUAUAUCAAGAAUGGACGUUUGAACUAGUAACAAUGCAAUUAUUGAUAUAAAAAUAUGUAUAAUAGAACAUAUAUUCCAGCGAGUGAUCGUGUCAUUUAUUAUAUCAAGAAUUAAUGUUUUUACUAGUGCAAAUGUAAUUACUAAUUACUAAGUAGUAUUUACAUUCCUGACAUCAAGAAUAAGCAUUUUAACUAGUGAAAAUUGAAUUGUUGAUAUCAACAAACCCUAUCCAGCGAAUGAUUAAAAGUCAAUUCGGCUUUCCAUGAUGUAACUAUUUUAUAUUAAAAGUCCAGGUUUUAUUUCUACUGCAUUGCGUUUCCAUUGUGUUAUGUGAAAACUGGCUUUGCACAUGAAUUUCUGCAUAAAUGAUAGUUUAAAGAGACAUUUAAAGUUUAUUCAACCCAUAUAAUAUUUUCCUAUCAGCUAUGGAAUGCAGAAGAUAACACCUGGACUUGAGCUAGGGAAAGACAAUGUCUCAAACAAACAGUUUAGUCAAUUGUUGCGUAAUAGAGGAAAUGUUGAAGAAAAAGCAUUGUAAAUUCACACCCAGUGUGGGGGUGUAUAAUAUGUGCCACUGUCACAAGUUAAAAGAUUAGGUGGCUGUAUCCUGAUUGAUUACUGGCUGUCUAGUCAUAUCCUACCUACUCAUGCCAUGCAAAUUCAAACAAUCAAGUGGUGUUUGAAGUAACAUGUUAUGAUGCAAUUUUUUGUAUGAAAAUGCUUUUAUAUCAGUCAAUAAAAAUAUGUCCUUACCUUUCUAGCGCUGGAUAAACUGUUACUGUUACUUAAGUGUGUGUGUGUGUAUUUGUUGUAUGGUUUGUAAAUUUUAAUAGCUCUUGUAAAGUGUGUACAGCUCUUAAACAUAAUCAAAACUCAACUGUUCUAAAA